AUGGCACAACAACAAACAAAUGGCAACGGUGCUCUUGAUUUAAGUUUAGACGAUUCGAAGAAACAAGGAACAAGAGUGUUCAAAAAGAGUAGUCCCAAUUCGAAGAUAACAUGCUACCUUGGAAAACGAGAUUUUAUCGACUAUUCGGAUCAUAUCGAUCCGAUCGAUGGCGUCGUUCUAGUCGAUCCGGAAUAUAUCAAAGAUCGUAAAGUAUAUGCAUGUGUCUUAGCAGCAUUUCGCUAUGGUCGAGAAGAUCUCGAUGUUCUUGGUCUAACAUUUCGAAAAGAUUUAUUCUGCUCUACUCAACAAAUCUAUCCUCCUAUUGAUGAUCAGAAGAAACCUCUAACCCAUUUACAACAGCGGCUCCUACGGAAAUUGGGACCCAAUGCGUAUCCAUUCUACUUUGAAAUUCCACAAAGCGCGCCUGCAUCUGUUACGUUACAACCAGCUGCUGGUGAUACAGGCAAGCCAUGUGGUGUGGAUUAUGAACUAAAAACUUAUGUCGCUGAGACAAGUGAAGAUAAAUCUCAUAAACGAAGUUCAGUUCGCUUAGCAAUAAGAAAAUUAACUUAUGCCCCGGAAACUCCUGCCCCUCAGCCUGUCAUCGAAGCACAUAAGGACUUCAUGAUGUCACCAGCACCACUCCACCUUGAGUGCACACUAGAUAAAGAGAUGUAUUAUCACGGUGAAAGUAUCAACGUUAAUGUCGUGGUUACAAAUAAUUCCAGCAAAACCUUACGAAAAAUUCGUAUAUCAGUUAAGCAAUAUGCUGAAAUCUGUAUGUUUACCAAUGCUCAUUACAAAUGUACUGUCGCCGAAUUGGAAACUGACGAAGGCUUUCCAAUCACACCCUGUUCGACUUUAACGAAAGUGUAUUCUUUAACGCCGCUGUUGGCAAACAACAAAGAUAAACGUGGUCUUGCUCUGGAUGGUAAAUUGAAGCACGAAGAUACGAAUUUAGCUUCGUCAACUAUAAUUCGAAGUACAACACAAAAGGAAAAUCUUGGCAUCAUCGUGCAAUACAAAGUGAAAGUUAAAUUAAUUGUCGCUAUGGGAGGAGAUUUAGCAGUGGAAUUACCAUUUACGUUGACACAUCCUAAACCUCCACCAACACCUUCACCAUCUCGACAACUCGAGUUUAUUACCAAUCAACAGAAUGUGAACGAUCAACAAGCAGUUGACAUCCCCAUCGAUCAUAAUUUGAUUCAGCUUGACACAAAUUUCGACAAUACUGGUCAUGACGAUGAUUUUAUAUUCGAAGAAUUUGCACGUAUACGCCUCAAAGGUCAUGACAGUGGUCAUGAAGAUACGGAAGCCUAG